CGUGAGUUUGUUAUCGGUCAAUCCCAAACAUUUUGGGAUUUAUUUGACACUGAAAUAUUAAUUUAUUAAAACGUCUAUAUGUGUUUUAAAUUAUCAUGGCUUUGACUUUGCCACCUAUUCCACAGUCAUUAAAGACCAUUCAGCAUUAUUUGAAAACUGCAUCUGAACAUGAAGGGAGGGAUCCUAUCGUUACUUAUUGGUGUCGACUGUAUGCUCUGCAAAAUGCAUUAAAAAUAGACAAGAAGUCAGAAGAUGCGAGAAUUUUGCUUGUUGCUUUAAUGGAUUGGCUUGAAAAGCAGAAACAAUUGCUGUCUGAUAAUGAAGCCAUAACUAAUGAUGUUGCAGCUCAAGCUCAUCUAGAAAAUUAUGCAUUGAAACUAUUUACUUGGGCAGAUAGCCAAGAUAGAGCUGCUGUGUUUAACAAAAAUGUUGUCAAAGCAUUUUAUACAGCAGGUAUGUUAAUGGAUGUUUUGACAACAUUUGGUGAACAUACUGAUGAGAUAGCAAGGAACUGCAAAUAUGCCAAGUGGAAAGCAGCGUAUAUUCAUAAUUGUUUAAAGAAUGGGGAAACACCUAUUCCUGGCCCAAUGGAUUCAGACAAAGAAAAUGACUUCCUGAAUAAUUUUACAGAUAAUGCUCCUCAACCUAAUAUAGGUUUUCAAGUGCCACCUUCUAACUUUACACAGAAUAUUUCUGGUCCGUCUAUUCCUCCAGCAAAACCUGAAAAUGUUUCUCCACAAAAUAUUACCCCUGCUCCGCAAUUCAAUACUAAUUUUACAAGUUAUCCUUCUCAAGAUACUACCUCAGUGACUUCAAAUGCAAAAUUAGAUCCUGCACUUACAGCUAAAGCUCAAAAAUAUUGCAAAUUUGCCGGUAGCGCUCUGAAUUAUGAUGAUAUACCAGAAGCAAUUAAUAAUUUGGAAAAGGCACUGAGGUUACUUAAAACUGGUCAGGACACCUAACUAAAUUGCCUAUGAAAAAAAGGAUAUAUGUAUGUUUAACCUUGACUCCUGGUGUGUCAAACAUAAAUUUGUAUUUUUGUUUUCCCAGCCAUAGAUUAUUUUUCAACCGCUGUGUAACAACUAUAAUAUACUCAGAAAAUAAGUUACUGCUUAUCACUUCAAGUAUUUUUUCUUCUGCAUACAAUGUAAUUGUAAAUAGUUCUAUUUUAACUUUUGUAUGUAGUUAUCAUUGAGUGAUCAAAUAUUUAAUAGUUUUAUUAUUAUUAUUGUUUUAUAAAUGAUUUGAAAUUAAAAUUUAUGUUUCUAAUAGUCUACUCUAUUACUGUAAUCCUCUAAUACUCCAAAUUCCAGAGCUUAAUCCACAAAACCUGGCUAUUUUUUAUUUAAGUCAAAUAAAAUUAAAUGUUAAUAUCAGUUAUAUAUCAGAUUUUGGAGUAUAUUUAAAGUGAUCUAAUCCAUAUAUUUUUCUGUUUUAGAUAAGUAAAUAGUUUCUUCACUUACAGUGCAAAUUGUAUGUACAAGUUGCUCAGCAAUGUGUGUAUAAAUUAAAACAACUUGGUUGUCUCAUAUUUUCUUAAUUAAUAUAUGUGCUAAAGUUUUCAAAGGUUUUACAGUCAUCAUUAAUCUGAGUUUAUUAAAAUGUUGUUAUGUA